AUGCUCAAAGUUGAAACCUCCCGAGGACAAGAGACAUUUUCUAAUGAAGCUUUUGAAGGAGAACACAAAGCUACGUUUUUGAAGUUAUCUUCACCUUCAUGCAACCCUCCAUAUCAUCCACACGACGUCAAAUCUAGCAAUGUGUUACUAGACUCAGAUUUCCAGGCUCAGGUUGCUGAUCUGGGAUUUGCAAAGUUAAUCCUCAAUGGUGCAACACAUGUAACCACAAGGGUUAAAGGUACACUUGGCUACCUUGCCCCUGAAUAUGCUAUGCUUGGAAAAGCAUCUGAGAACUGUGAUGUAUACAGCUUUGGCAUUCUCUGCUAG